UCCCUGCUCUUCAUUCUCCCUCUCCCCUUCAUCGUUCAAUCUUAUCGUGUAACUUUUCUCUCUAUACCCAUUCGCAUUUGGCUCCCUCUCGUCUGCCCUGCCUUGUUCCUUCUCAUCCCAUUACUUUCUCUCUCUAGAGUUCGUCUUCUUGAACUUGUUUUUGUAGAUCGAAAUGGAAUUUGAGGGCCGUUAUAGACAGGCGAAGAGACCAAAAUAUGACACACUCUUGUUCGAUUUAGAUGAUACUCUCUAUCCCCUUAGUUCUGGUUUGGCAGUUGGAUGCCGCAACAAUAUUGAAGAUUAUAUGGUUGAAAAGCUUGGCAUAGACGAGAGCAAAAUCCCCGACUUGUGUAACCUACUAUACAAGAACUAUGGGACAACGAUGGCCGGUCUUAGGGCAAUUGGCCAUGAUUUUGACUAUGAUGAAUAUCACAGCUUUGUUCAUGGGAGAUUACCUUAUGAGAAUCUAAAACCGGAUCCUGUUUUAAGAAGCCUUUUGCUAAGCUUGCCAAUUCGGAAAACCAUCUUCACAAAUGCAGACAAGGUCCAUACCCUUAAAGUACUUAGUAAACUUGGGUUGGAAGACUGUUUCGAAGGGAUUAUAUGCUUUGAGACUCUUAAUCCCAUUCACAAGAGCACUGCUUCUGAUGAUGAGGAUGACAUUGAGUUCGUGGGCUCGCCAUUUACUUCUUCAACUCCUACACGUAGCACCGAAACAUUUGACAUCAUUGAACAUUUUUCUCAACCUAAUUCAGGGUCGAGAUUACCCAAGACACCAAUUGUCUGCAAACCAUCAGAAGCUGCCAUUGAGCGGGCUCUCAACAUAGCCAACAUCAAUCCUCACAGAACACUGUUUUUUGAGGAUAGUGUCCGCAACAUACAAUCUGGAAAGCGCGUAGGUCUCCACACCGUGUUGGUUGGGACAUCUCAGAGAACUAAAGGUGCAGAUUAUGCAUUAGAAAGCAUCCACAACAUGAGGGAAGCAUUGCCGGAGCUUUGGGAAGCAGAGAAGAUGACUGAAGUUGGUUACUCCGACAAGGUUGUGGAGGUGACACCUGUGACAGCUUAGAUUUGUGUCAUAGUUUUUCGCCUGAGGGGAGAAACCAUGUAAAUAUAAUGUAUCUUUGUAUAUGGGAUCUUGUCAUAUACCAAUUUCCUGUUGAUGCUUUGCUGUUAAUAAUUAUUAAUCAAUAAAUUUAAAAUCUUUUGGCAACUAGA